UUUUUAUUUAGAUAACAUUUAAAAACUUAACUUGCCAAAGAGAUAAACUGAAUAAAUUGAAUAUUACAAAAAUUGGCAUUGGGAAGGAUUAACACUCCGAAUCGUUGCAUAUGAAUCAAAAUCUUAGUGAAAAUACCAAUAUGAGUGGCAGACUCAAGAAUUCAACUCCUCAAACCCCCAACAUAUGUCCACAAGUUCGUAGCCGACCACGUAACCGCCAAUUUCGUUUAAUGUCGACAUCAGCAAAUGAAGAGGAACUAUCUCCCAAUUCACCGCCCACUAUUCUUAACAUAGUGGUACCAAGUCAUAUAGGCAGUGAAACGUCGGUUGUAAGUGCUGGUUUAAAUGCAGCAUCGUUAAAUGUGGUCACAAAGUCAUCGGCACCAUUUGUGCCGUCGCCAAUGUUAGAUUCGAACGAGUACUAUGAGAAUUCAAAAUAUCGGCAUUAUGAUUCGUGGCUCGAAGAGUCUAAUUCAACCAUUAAAUCGUCCACAAAGAAGUGCCAGUCAAAAUCUACCAAAACUGAAAAAUCGUUUCCUAAGGAGGACCACUUUGAAUCUCAACAAUCAGCUACAAUCGGUCAUCCUUUUAAACCCCUACAAUAUGACGUAAGCUAUUUGAAGCAGCGGCUUGUCAAGUACCGUGCCGAAACAGAAAGUUGUGGAGAUGCAGCUAAAUUGAAUGGGCAAUUAAAUGAAAUAUUUAUUCGACGCCUGGUAGAUAUUGAAAAUAUGGCGAAAGGUGAUACGGAUAUCAAGCUUGUAACUUAUCAGGAAUGGGUGGAUAUGCUAAUGCAAAUCAACGAAGUAAUCAUUGGUAAUAUGAUAGAUCUAGAGAGUGAGGUYGCAGAGAAGCUAGAAUGCAUGAAACGUCGAAUACAAUCCAGCUGUAGUCAAAUCAGCAAUAAUGAACAAAAAUAUCGUCAGGACAUUUGUUCUCUAAUGAAACUCAUAAAAAACGCAUAUCAUCACGAUAACUGGGAUAUUGAGGGGCUUGAAUUUCAGACUGUAAAUCUACCUGAAAUUUUGGGCACGAGAAAUACCACUUGUUCGGAACAAUCAAAUAUUAUGACGCUAGAAUGCGGCGAAGAUGAUCGAGACUCCGCCAAUAGGUGUUGUCUUAAAGAGCCCGAGUGCAUUUUGCAAAAUGUUAUAUUUGAUCCGUCUGAUGCUGGGGGUGGAGAAAAUGAUCAACAUUUAAAAUUUCAGUCGAGCUGCGUCGCCAGUUGCGCUAAUACCUGCAAGCUAAACGAAAACGUG